GUUAAAUAAAAGACGGUUACACACUUUUAAUUAGUUCAAUUGCCGAAUCACUGUCACUGUGCAAUUUGGUUAAGUGGUGUGUAUUGAGGAGGGAAAAACGAAGGCUAUUUGAUAACAAAACCAAUACUCGCAAUUCAACAUGUGUGACGAUGAUGCUGGAGGGCUUGUAAUGGACAAUGGGUCCGGGAUGUGUAAAGCCGGUUUUGCAGGUGAUGACGCGCCUAGAGCCGUAUUUCCAUCGAUUGUUGGCCGACCGCGUCAUCAAGGUGUUAUGGUCGGUAUGGGUCAAAAGGAUUCGUACGUUGGAGACGAAGCACAAAGCAAGAGAGGAAUAUUAACGUUAAAGUAUCCUAUCGAACAUGGCAUCAUCACAAAUUGGGACGACAUGGAAAAGAUUUGGCAUCACACAUUCUACAAUGAAUUGCGUGUGGCGCCUGAAGAGCAUCCUGUUCUAUUGACUGAAGCUCCACUGAAUCCGAAAGCAAAUCGCGAGAAAAUGACCCAAAUUAUGUUUGAAACAUUCAACUCACCUGCGCUGUAUGUAGCAAUUCAAGCCGUCUUGUCUUUAUACGCAUCCGGCAGAACGACUGGUAUUGUUCUGGAUUCUGGAGAUGGUGUUUCACACACAGUUCCCAUAUUUGAGGGCUACGCUCUACCACAUGCCAUUCUUCGUAUGGAUUUAGCUGGUCGUGAUCUAACCGAUUUUCUGAUGAAAAUAUUAACGGAACGUGGCUACUCAUUCACAACAACUGCAGAAAGGGAAAUUGUGCGGGACGUCAAAGAGAAAUUGUGCUACGUCGCAUUAGACUUCGAACAAGAAAUGGCAAACGCAGCAGCGUCAACCACAUCCGAUAAAUCUUACGAACUGCCAGAUGGUCAGGUGAUUACAAUUGGUAACGAACGGUUCCGAGCUCCGGAGGCGCUAUUCCAGCCAUCGUUCAUUGGCAUGGAAUCGGCAGGUGUUCACGAGACUGUUUAUCGUUCGAUUAUGAAGUGUGAUGUUGACAUUAGGAAGGAUCUGUAUGCAAAUUCAGUUUUAUCGGGUGGAACAACUAUGUAUCCAGGUAUCGCUGAUCGAAUGCAAAAAGAAAUAACUGCACUGGCUCCAUCGACGAUUAAGAUUAAAAUUAUCGCUCCACCUGAACGGAAGUAUUCCGUUUGGAUCGGCGGAUCGAUUUUGUCGUCACUAUCAACCUUUCAAACGAUGUGGAUAUCGAAACAAGAGUACAAUGAAUCGGGUCCGGGAAUUGUACAUCGCAAAUGCUUUUAAGUUAAUUUGUAAAUUGAAAUUUAUUCGAAUUUUCAAAAUACAAAUUACGUUCAACUUUUGA